AUGGCCGACCUGCCCGGCGGCGGCCUGGGCCAGGGCGUGGUGCUGACUGUGAUGGACCAGAGCCAGGGGGGCUUCAGCGUUGACGUCAUCAUAGAGCACAGGGAUUCUAUUGACGAGGAGCGCCACCCCGAGGGGUUCAUCCUGGAGGGAGAGCUGCCCUCUGCUGCGCCCCCGGCAGGACAAGAGGGCGAGCAGCAGCAGCAGCAGCAGCAGCAGCAGCAGCAAGAUGCCGCAGCGGCGCCGCCGGGCGGCGGCAAGAAGCGCGGCAGGGAGGAGGGCGCCGCGGCCGGGGACGCGGAUGGCGACGCGGUCGUGCUAGAGGUCGGGCAGGACGAGACCGCGGCUGCGGCGGGGGCACCGGGGGCGAAGAGGGCCAAGCAGGACGGCAGCGAGGGCAACGGAGGCGGUGGGGGUGACGAGGCAGACGGGGACGUCAUCGUCAUCGGCGAUGACGACGACGACGAGGCGCUGUGA